AUGGAAGCUGGGGCCUGCCUACAAGCUGGUACAGCUGUUCGGGCUUACUAUGACAUGAACGACCAUCCGUUCGGGUAUCGCUACGUGAAAAUGCUGGAGAUGCCCAGAGAUGGCCCUGCCGAUUCAGAUCCAGAUCCUCCUGUCAUUGGGGUGUCGCAGGGAUGGAUACCCGCAACAGUGGCUGAGGAUUAUGAUCCAAAGAGCAAUUCCGGAGAUGGAGUUCUGGUGAAACUCCAUGGCUUCUUUGAGGAUGCUUACAGAGAGGAAAAGCCAGUGAGCGGAAUGAUGUGGAAAAUUCAGCCAAGUUUGAUUUGCUUGAGAAGCUCAGCUCCUGUGAAGAUUCAGCUUUCCCUGGUCGUAGUCCGCUGGAAGGACUAUUGGACCAGGACCACCGGCUCGAGGUCGCACAAUGUUUUGAACGAGGGGUUGAUACGCGACGUGCUUUAUGGAGAGGCAUCUUGCAAGGAAGCAUUCGGUAGCCGCGGUGCCUAUGAGGUCAUUUCCAUCUUCGCAAAAACAAAAAGCCAUUUAGAUGCUGUGCCGCAAGAGCUUCUUGCCUCAAGCCUGCGAGGAUCGAGGAAAGCCGCUUUCUUCUUCCUUUGGCCGGCUCUUAAGAAGGGUCUGAAUGAGCCUGGCCACGUUGAUGCUAGUGCCUUGAAGAGCCUUGUGACUGGCCUGGACGGUCUUGGCGUGAAGACUUGUUGGCCGCAUCCAUGGACCCUCUAUGAAGAUCUCGUAAGCAAGCAGUGGGCACCCCGUGAGUGCUCCAACCUGGAGCUGAGAAUUCCCCCUACCACUUCUGUCUCCAAGGAGUCGCUGAAGGCCUCAGGAGCCAAAGCUGUCGCCUCUGCUGCGAUCGCAGCACUACAGCAGCUCAGCAGAGACAGGGAUGGGACGCCGUUGCCGCCGGAGCACUACCGAGGGGUUGCCAAGCUUGGUUAUUCCUGGAUGGGCGCUGCGGUCCUGCCCUUCAUCGGUGAGGAAAGCCUCCAGCGAGCUUUGGAAAAGCUGCUUGAUGGAGCGCCGGACCACGCACAGUGCCUGGUGCAGGAGCGUGUCGAAGGAGUCCGCUGUGAGCUGCGUGCCUUCUGCUGCAGGGACUUAGCUACCGGCUCCUAUGCAACAGAGUUGCUCAGAAUGCAGCUGAAGCCGCCGCAGCACGGCGAAUGGGAUUCGUCUUUCGCGCUGGCCAGCCAUAAAACGUGGACAAGAGACGAGCUUGCGAUGCAAAAGUUUUCUGGGGACAGGCAAGUUGUGGAGAGAAUCGAGGAGGAUGUGCGUCGGACAGCGCACACUUGGCUGGAGCACUUCAAGCUCCGAGGGCACGAGCCGCAUGUCAUCCGCCUGGACUUCUUGGUGCAUACCUGCGAACUUACAGAAUGUGGCGGCGCGACAUGCGGCCUGCAUGUUCGCACCCGGACAGCCGCAGUGCUGAAUGAAUGCAUGCUAGAUGGACAGGAGAGUCUGGCCGACUUUCCAAAGCCAUUGCCCCCACUGGAGAAGGAGAGACCUCAGCCCCGCCCUGAGCAGCCAGCAAGAGCUAGUAGAGAUCGCCAUGACCACCAUGCCCACAAUGCACAAAGCCGCGGAUCCACGAACAAUUCGCUGGACGACGCUCGACAGCCUCGUCGCCGCCUCGAGCUCUUUGCGGCUUUACUUGCAGUGGCCUUGCUACUCUGGCAGCGGAAGUUCAGCACAACCCACUUGAAGAGACUUAUGGCGCUUCCACCAAUCGGCCUCUUUGCGUGUGGAGCAGCUGCGGUCUACGUUCCCGCAGAUUUGGCUGACAUCGACGAGAACCUUGAGGCUGAAGUUGCCGAAGACCAAUUGGCAGGACGGGUCGAUGGCUUUCAGCCUGCCACAAGCAGCAGGUCGGCACGGCCAUCGUCCAGCCCGAAAUCUGGCGCCAGUCGUCGGACGUCGCAAGAAGAGCCGACAUCCAUGCAUGAAGCGGCUGACGAAGCCCUUGCUCGAGCAAUCGCACAGGCAAGUGUUGGCCUCUCAAUGGAUAAUGCUGAUUACCUGGAGGAACAUGCGGCCUACGGCCAGGAGGGGCUUCCGAGCAUCUCCAUGUCGAAGCUUCCCAGUGCCGUCACGGUGGCAGGGGUUCCCGUCGCUACCACCGGGGACUUGGUCUACCUUGGAGGAGGGUUGUACGCAGCCGCGCCAACCGAGAAGCCGGUGAAGAAACAGAGUGUGGCACCGGCUCGACCAAGACCUCGAAAGGCUCCCUCUGCCAUUCGAAGUGCAAGCGCGCACAUCGUGGGUGCUGGAGCACGUGCUGACCACAGCGAGAGUUCGCCACAGUCAAGAGCCCACAGCGAAGGGCAGAUUGGCGUCGGCCAGUUGAACCUUGACGGCCGAGGCUCUUCGCGGCAUGGCAGUGUUUCCGGAAGCACGAGCGCAGGGAGCGCUUCCGGCCCUCGCAUCUGGCGUCCCUCAGGAGUGCAGAAGCUUCCGCCUGCAAAAUUGGAGCCUCCAGCAGGUUUCGGUGGCAGAGCCAGUCGCCUCACCACAGAGGACAUUGGUAAGAUGCCUGGAGAGCAUUCGGAGGACCGAGCGAGCAACCGAAGGUUGCAUGGAAAAGAGGGCGUCCUGCUAUUUGGUCCGAAUGGGGUACUUGCGCACAUGCGAGAUCCCCGAGACCCAGAGCGCCAUCAGGUCGGAAUGCCACCAGGCGGGCCUCCGCAAGGCAUCGAACGACGCCUCGAGGAGCGAAAAGCGGCAAAGCAGGCAAGAACAAAUGAGAUCCUCGAGGAAAAAGCUCUUCGAGAAGCCACGGAAGCAGCCAUCAGCAUGCAGAAGCGCCAAAAUCUGGCUGCCAUGGCCCGGAACGCUUCGGCACCGGAGAUAUCCGAGGAUCUGGAGAGGAAGAGAGCACGGCUGGCGUGCAAGAUGGAUAUCUUGGACUUCUUCCGAGGGUGA